UCAUAUAUCAUGCUUUUGCCUUCUAAUGACUGGUAUAGGUUAAAACAAGGGUCAUUCAUGUCAUGUUUUUUUUUUUACAAAGACAAAGUACAAAAGUGUCAGCUCAGACUGGAAAAACAUGUUUUUGUUGCUUUGUCUGGUGUGACAGGUGGAUUGCACCAAAAUUUUGGCGCAGACCCCAGCAUAUUUGUGUGUGCCAAAAUUAAGGCACAUGGGUUGAUGAAGAAAUUUAGGCACAAAUGGACAAACUAGAAAUUUUGUUGUAAAACGAUGUUUCUGAAUCUGGGCACUGACUGCUUCUCAAAGUGGUGCAUCCAUACACUUCUCAAGGGGUAUGGAUUGUGGGUGGGCAAUGGCUAUCAGAUCAUUUACUUUUUCCCCAUUCCAAAUUUGUGUUCAGAUUCAGAUUGAGUGUUGUGAUUUUCAGGCAAUAUUUGAUGUGUGCUUGUGUAAAAUUCUAGCUUGAACUAUUUGGUGUGGGCUGAUGCACAUUUUCCAGUUUGCGCCAAAUCCCCAAUGUGCCUUUUGUCCAUUAUAUUUCAGAGAGAAAUACCCAAGAUGGCAGGCUGUUUUGACUCGAUGCGAUUGGACUGCGAGUGUCUGGAGCUGGGCGAGCGAAGGAACGCCGUGGCUGCGGCCGUCAGUGGCGUCCUGUUCUUCACCGGCUGGUGGAUCAUGAUCGACUGUGCUGCCAUCUAUCCGAGCAUGGAGGAGAUGCACCACGCCUAUCACGUCUGUGGAGUGAUCGGGACUAUAUCGUUCUUCAUGAUAAACGCCGUUUCCAACGGGCACAUCCGCGGCGACAUGUACUCGACGGGCUGCCUGGGCCAGCGCGGCGCGCGGGUCUGGCUCUUCAUCGGGUUCCUGCUGGGAUUUGCUGCCAUCAUCGCCGCCAUGUGGAUCCUGUUCGCUGCCUACGUUGUCCCCGGAGGCAGCCGGUCCCAGUGGCCGGGCAUUGCCGUCGUGCUGCAGAACCUGUUCAUCUUCGCCGGCUCGCUGGUCUACAAGUUCGGCCGCUCGGAGGACCUCUGGGGCUGAGCGACGCUGGACGGCAGUGCUGCGGUCCGUGCCGGUCACCCGACGGUCUAGACAGGCUCACGGGGAUCGCCGGGGUGUCCUCGAUCGCCGGGCUUUCCGCGUCGCGUGGUGGACUCUUCGAGGACACUGGCGGCUAACCUAAGAUCUCGCGUCUGUCGGGGUCCUCUUUCUCGAGCGCUUUGUUUCACGCCGGUUUUGUGUCAGAACUGUGUUCUCAAUCCGGGGGUCGUCUCCCGAGCGCUGUUGAGCGGAGCUACCCGGCUCAUCUGCGGGUGCUCACUUGGAGAUGAUGGCAACUCCGACUCGUUCGACCGGCCUGGUCACAUCUCUGGUGCUCACCGGUCGUCUACCGCUGGACAUGACUGCCCCAGUGCUCCAGCUACGGCGUGUGUUGUGCGCUAUCUUUACCGAGAGUCGAUCUGGCUGAUCCCUCCGCAGUGGGAGCGCCCCGACGACGCACGGACUCGCCGGGUGGACAUCGGUUUCGUACCGUGAGAGAUCGGGACUAUUGAGAGUGAAGUGCGGAGUGUUCACCGUGGGAGCCGGGAGGUGUCUGAUGGUGCCUCACGUUGGAUAUGUCUUUGGUUGUAUACUACCAAAGGGUAUGUCUGCUCUGUUGGGGGUCUCUUAACUAGGCUAGUCCCCUUGAGGCUGAUAAUGAUACUAGGCAUUGUAUUAAUCGUGAAUGGGAUAUAAUGUAACGGAGAUUGGCAUUGUUCGAAUUGUGAGGGAGCUUGGAUUAUUCGAGCAAUAUUCGACGGUGUGAAGGGUCUAUUGCUUUCGUGUAAGAGCGUCAGAGUGAAUAUGAAGCAGCAUUCCCUUUUCGGCGUUCUUCAUUCAGACCUUCAGUAACUUCGUAACCAUUUGUCAUAUAUGCUCCUCACUGUCUUUGGUUUGUGCAUCGGUGCAGAUUUAAUUUUAUGUAUAAGUAGCUAUAGCAUCAUAAGCACUAAGUAUGACCACGAACCUGUUAAUCGACAACAUAUUUAAAGUUUUCGUUUGCUGAACACCUUCGGCGAAAUAUCGUGUGAAAUAAAGCAACAUGGAGACAGCCAUU